AUGGGAGUUGAUGCAGUGUCACCCCCAACCGCCAACGCUGAUGCACAAGAAGAGCCGAAAUGUAACCCUUUUGGCACGAGAUAUUUGAUAGAUGAGACACGCGUAUGGGACCAUAAUGCAUGGGAUAAUGUUUGCUGGAGUGAAGAAAUGGUGCUUCACGCCCGACAGGUAGUGGAGACUCAGAAAGAACAAGCUGUUGAUGAUUCGAAAGCAAGAGAUUUAAUUGAUGAACCAGCUAAGCAGUGGGACUCAUUCUACUCCAAGCAUCGUAAUAACUUCUUCAAAGAUCGCAAGUGGCUGUUAAAGGAGUUUCCUGAACUAGACAUGGACAACCGUCCUGAGGGCUCUACGAUUCGCGUUCUCGAGGUAGGAUGUGGCGUUGGAAACACUUCGUAUCCUUUGUUAGAAUGGGAUAAGUAUCACCGAAUGUUCCUGUACAGCUGCGACUUUUCAGCUGUUGCAGUCGAUGUCCUGAAAAAGAAUGAAAACUACGAUCAAUCUAGGAUAUGCGGGUUUGUCUGGGAUAUCACAGAGGAUGCUCCGGAAGACGCUCCAGAAGAUAAUUCGUUGGACUAUGUUAUUUGUAUCUACGUCAUCUCUGCUAUAUACCCUCCAAAAGUUCGCAAAGCGAUCGAUAACCUCGUACGGCUUCUGAAACCUGGUGGCAUGCUAUUAUUCAAAGACUAUGGUAGAUUUGAUCUCACCCAACUGAGAUUCAAGGAAAACCGUUAUAUCGGUGAAAAUUUCUACUGUAGAGGUGAUGGUACUCUGGUAUACUUCUUCAGCAAAGAUGAACUGGAUCAUUUACUGUUGUCUGCAGGGCUUGUUCAAAAGGUGAACGUUGUGGAUAAGAGACUCAUUGUCAAUCGAGCGAAGCAAAUCAAGAUGUAUAGACAUUGUGAGACAUUGCGAUUUCGCUCGCUGUUCGAUGAUUUAUUGAAAGAUUCGGAACUUGCCCGGAUUCCGUCUGAUACUGUCUUGAAUGGAGACGUUAAUCUAACAUAUGUAUUGUUAUACGAGUUCUUGAUUGGAGCCGGUCUGGGAAGGGCUGUUACGGCUGUUACGAACCUGCACACAUAUAACGGUAAUCAGGAGAAGUCACUUGCCGGAAUCGGACGUGGUGUAGCUGCUAUCAAGGAGAGUAGUGAACAAAAAGGAUUUGCCGGGGUCAUACCUCGCUAUGCUCGUAUAAACACCUUGAAAUGGACAACGAAAGAAGCCAUCGAAAGACUUCUCUAUGAAGAAUGGAAGGCUUCUUGUCUGCCUGCUUAUCUUCUUUCUCCAUCACCUGAUUCCCAUGUUUUGGAUGUUUGUGCAGCUCCUGGAAUGAAAACAAGCCAUGUGGCAGCGAUUUUGGGAGGAACAGGAAAAAUUUGGGCAAUUGAUCGGUCAGCAGAUCGAGUGGAGACUAUGGAGCAAAUGUUGAAAGAAUGCAAUGUUGAAAACGUUUCGAUAUUCCACGAUGACUUCCUCAAAGUAGACGUCAAUGAUAAGAAAUUUUCCAAGGUAAGGUAUGCGGUUGUUGACCCACCCUGUUCUGGAUCAGGAAUGGUGAAACGCAUGGACGAGCUGACCGGUGGAAACGCGCCACCGGAACGCCUGUCAAAGCUUAAAAAUCUGCAGGUACUAUCUGACACGUACGUGCGACAGAAUUUUCGUUUGGCUUCAAGGGUACUACCAAGUUGGAAGUUUCGCGGAUUAGACACCUAUGAAUUUAGCUCCGACUGUCUGCGAGCAGAUCCUGCCGAGACACUAACGAACGGUUUCUUUGUGGCAGUUUUUGAAAGGAUAGUCAAAAAAAAUGUGACGGAUAUGCGAAAAGCCCGGAAUCGGAGAUAUAAAAAGUGCUUUGAAAAAUCUGGGGAGGCUGCAGGAACAAGGAAACGAAAAGUCGUUGUUGGCAAGAAUAGUGACGAGGUUUUAGCCAUUGAAUCAGCGUGUAGAAAGAAAAAAAAUAGGAAGCAGAGUCUAGUAAAGAAUAAAGACUAG